CGCCUAUAAAAGCAUCUCGUCCCCCCUCUUAUCGAUAUUACUCCCAAACAUUUGGAAUUCAGAAACCCAGUAAAUCGUACGUUCAAUAUCACUAAUUCACAGAUACGCAAAACGCACGUACGCAAUUCGCCUGCUACCUAUUUACAUAUAUAUUUCUUUCUUCGAUCGACAUGUUUAGCACGGCAUCCCGCACCCUUGAGAUCACUGUGAUUUCUGGUGAAGAUAUACGAAACAAACGGAAACCCGUCAAGAAGAAUGUUUUCGCCGUAAUCCGAACGGAUUCGCAGCCCCUCUGCAGAACAGAGACGGACAAGGACGGCGGGAGCUAUCCUUACUGGAAUGAAAAGCACAACGUGGACAUUCCAGUGCAUGCGCGGUUUAUAACAGUAGAGGUACAAUGUAAAACCUCCGUCGGGGACAAAACAUUGGGGAUGGCAACGAUUCCGGUGUCAGAUUUCGUCGGAGGUUUUGUGCCGCAGAGUUAUCUGCAUUUUUUGAGUUACAGAUUGAGAGACAGUAAUGGGGAGAGGAAUGGGAUUAUCAAUGUCUCUGUAAAGGCAAAAGUCCCAGAAUAUGCAGCCUCAUCGUGCUCGAGUGCCACCACCAUUGGAGUACCUUUCGGGAAGACAUCGUGUUAUGGAGGGGUUGUCCCUGGCGUUCCUGUUGGUGUUCCUAUCAUGAAACAGUACUAUCAAGGCUAAAAAAAUUACCAUAUUAUUAUUUUUUCUCCGAGGGAAUUCAAGAUUAUUAAUCAUAAUUUGUGUUCUUGAUUAAAUUACAAUCAACAAUAUAGCAUAUGCUAUUUGGAAUUAACGAUCAUUUUUCUUUUUCAUCAGCAAUCUAUAUGUGAUAAGUCUCUCUUUGCUUUAACACACUCAUAGUUGAAGCAGAGCAAUGCUCUGCUGGUAGUCAACUGGUAUAAAAACAAGCAAAGUAGAUUUAGCAGCAGAUAUGGGGAUCUUUGGAAAUAUAUAUACUUCAUUAUCGCAUGAUCAUAAAUUUUGAGAUGCAGCACAUGA